AUGUCUUGCAAGCGAGUAAGGGCACAAAGUAGCAAACACCAGAAAAGUAACCUAGACGAACCAGAGGGCAGUAGAAGUCGGCGGAGGAAAAGGAGAGAAGAGCCUCAAAAACUCAAGAGGGUUUCUCGCACACCAGGUAUUGUGAAGCGAGGCAGCGACCGGUGCAGCCGAUAUGGUUUGAAGACUGAACUCUGCCGAUUCAGUGGGGGCAAAAUCUACCCCGGGAAAGGCAUUAGAUUUGUUCGUGCUGAUUCUCAGGUCUUCCUGUUUGCCAAUUCAAAAUGCAAGAGGUACUUCCACAACAGAUUGAAGCCAUCAAAGCUCACCUGGACUGCCAUGUACAGGAAGCAACACAAGAAGGACAUUGCCCAAGAAGCUGUGAAGAAGAGGCGCCGCGCCACCAGAAAGCCUUACUCUAGAUCCAUUGUCGGUGCGACUCUGGAAGUUAUCCAGAAGAAAAGAACAGAAAAACCAGAGGUCAGAGAUGCUGCUAGAGAAGCUGCCCUUCGUGAGAUUAAGGAGAGGAUCAAGAAAACUAAGGAUGAAAAGAAGGCUAAGAAGGCAGAGGUGAUGGCCAAGGCACAGAAAGCACAAGGAAAAGGAAACGUUCCCAAGGGUGCUGCCCCCAAAGGCCCUAAACUUGGUGGAGGUGGCGGGAAGCGUGAGUUACAUUUUUUUUGGCUGAGAAUUAGAUAGAGGAGUUUGGGACUUUUAUUCUGAUAAAUUUUAUUUCACUUGAUUAAUCUGUUAUAUGGAGCUUUUGUUUUGCGGUUCAGAGCACCAAGGUGAAUUUGAAUGUAUUUUCUCAGCUGAGUUAUUUCACUUAUUUGUUGUGUCUCUUA